ACUGCUAAAAACGUUUCUAUCAGGAUCCUGUUAGCUCAUUCCUUGGCAGAUACACAUACACUCUCAAAAGGAAUCAAAUAGUAGGAGAGAGAUUGAAGGAGGAGGAAUUCAGUUGAUCUCCAACCUCAGGAAGAACAAAAAUGGCGAAUAUGCAUGCAGAUCCAUCAAUUUCUUCUAGGUUCUGACAUGCAGUAGUUUGGAAACAUUGCUGGCGUUGAUUGUCAGUUACGACCUCUAGUCGGCGGCGUGUCUGCCAAUCACAUCUCUUUAUCUGGCGUUGCUAUUCUCGGUACAGUGUUCAAGUGCCGAAAACUACAUCUUGUGAUUGAUGGCUGGGAACCUCACAGACAAUGGAAGUGAUAACUUUAGCUGGAGUAGUGAUGAUGAGGUAGAAAAAGAGAAAGAAGUUUUCGAUACGGGUUCAUCUCUGACUACUCUCCCUUCUUUUAAUGGUACUGCGGAGGGAAGCUCCUCAUCCGGGCCUUCCUCGACAUUGUUUCGCCAUUUUGUUGGAGCAGGUUUUUCUGAAAGUUUGGUUGCAAAAGCAAUCAAAGAAAAUGGAGAAGGGAACAUGGAGUCCAUCCUAAAUGCUCUUCUUACAUAUUCGGUCUUGGAAAGCUCUCCCUCAGAUGAGCCAGAUAUUGAAAAAUCUUCAGCAGCAGAGCAAAAUGGGGAUUUUGCUGAGAGAAUAAAUGAUCUGUUUGGUCAGACUAAUAAUGGUGACUCUGAUCAGAAGAUUGAUGCAGAUUCUGACUUCUGGUCCUCAGAUUAUGACGAAAAUAUUCCCGAGGAGUUAUCUGAUUCAGAUAGUUGUUUUGGAAUGGAGGAAACAUCUGGCACUUUUUCAGAGAAGGAGCAGAAAUUAUCGUUUUUGGCUGAUAUGGGUUAUCCCAAGGAAGAAGUCUCAAUAGCAAUAGAAAGAUGUGGACCAGACUCCUCGCUAGAGGAGCUAGCUGACUUCUUAUGCGCUGCUCAAAUGGCGAGGGCAUCAGAUGCUUCAUAUGUAGAUCCACCAAAGCCAAAGCUUUUUAGUGACUAUGCUAAACAUAAAAAGAGGAAGAUGCUUGAGUAUGAAAUGAGGAGGAAAAAGCAAAAGGGGAUUUUUGAGGAGGAUGAACCGAUUCGCCUUCCCAAACCAAUGAUAGGGUUUGGAGUUCCUACUGAGCCACAACUCCCUUUCCAUAGAACACUACCAGAGACAGCCCAAGCUCCUCCAUACUUCUAUUAUGAAAAUGUGGCACUUGCUCCUAAAGGAGUUUGGGACACAAUCUCUCGCUUUCUCUAUGAUGUUCAACCUGAGUUCGUUGAUUCAAAGUUCUUCUGUGCUGCUGCAAGGAAGAGAGGAUAUAUUCACAACCUUCCAAUAGAAAACCGAUUCCCACUUCUUCCUCUCCCCCCUCGUACCAUCAAUGAAGCAUUACCCUUGACUAGGAAAUGGUGGCCAUCUUGGGAUCCAAGAAUAAAGCUGAACUGUCUGCAAACUGCAAUUGGUAGUGCAAAGCUGACAGAGAGGAUCCGCAAGGCACUUGAAGAUUAUGAUGGUGAGCCUCCUGACCAUGUUAAGAAGUUCGUGCUUGAUGAAUGUAGAAAAUGGAACCUGGUGUGGGUUGGGAGAAAUAAGGUUGCCCCACUUGAACCUGAUGAAGUAGAAAUGUUGUUAGGAUUUCCUAGAAACCACACAAGGGGUGGUGGAAUAAGCAGGACCGAUAGAUUUAAGUCACUUGGCAACUCAUUUCAGGUUGAUACGGUUGCCUACCACCUGUCGGUCUUGAAAGAUUUGUUCCCAGGUGGCAUUAAAGUGCUUUCUCUUUUUUCUGGAAUUGGCGGUGCAGAAGUUGCUCUUCACCGUUUGGGAGUACCUUUAAAACUUGUAGUGUCGGUUGAACUUGCUGAAGUGAAUAGAAACAUUCAAAGAAGUUGGUGGGAACAGACUAAUCAAACUGGUGUUUUGAUAGAUAUUGUUGAUGUGCAACAGUUGACUAAUGAAAGGUUGGAACAACUGGUAAAAAGAUUUGGGGGCUUUGAUUUGAUUAUUGGAGGAAGUCCUUGCAACAAUCUAGCAGGUAGUAAUAGAGUAAGUAGGGAUGGACUCGAGGGUAAGGAAUCUUCACUUUUCUUCGAAUAUAUCCGUAUUUUAGACGCAGUUAAGUCUAUCAUGGGGGGGAAGAAACGGUGACCGAGUGUAAUCUAUAUUUUUCCAGAUGUACUCCAUAGGCCCCUGGAUAUUGAUUUCUGAAUACAGUAAUCUGAUAAAAUACUUGGUUAAUGACAUUUCUAGGUGUUAGUUAUGUCUUAGCACCAACUUAACUUUGGUGGGAAUCGAUGAAUAAUUUAUUUUUGUAGACUUUAACCAAUUUAUUCCCUAGGGGUUGUAAACUUAUAAUGGCUACUGUAUUUUUGCAUGGACAGAAACGGAUAGCAUGUAUAAGGUGGAAUUAUUUGCAAUAAUCUUAUAAAGUGUACAUCUUGGUAUUGUGUUA